AUGGCCAACUCAUCGGGUAGAUUGAAGCUCCAGGAGGGUCGGUUCAUCUACAUCACAGAGCUCGCAACUGAAGUCGAGUCCAACGUCAUCUCAGCGAUUAACAUUCAUGCUGCCAGGGCAAAACUCAAAAUGCUCAAGACUAACUGGGAGAAACUCGAAGCAGACCAUGAGAAGCUAGUCUCAUCGAAAUCCGACGUCUCUCCAGAUCAUGACUACUUCAAGAACAAGUGGUAUGAGAAAGCAAUGAAGGCAUAUGUACUCUCCGAGGCUGCUCUCUCGACUCGCAUUGCUGAAUUGGAGGCAACGGAACCGCCAGCUGGCAACUCUCUUGCUGACCUAAGCAUUCAAGGAGCUUCUCAUCACCGACCAUCUCUACCAGGCAUCUUCAUUCCAAAAUUCUCUGGGAGCUUCUCUGAAUGGCGGCAUUUUCAAGAUCUUUUCGUCUCACUUGUCGGAGAGAAUCCGUCCAUCUCUGCAGUUGAGAAAAUGCAUUAUCUCUGCGCCAGUCUGGAAGGAGACGCGGCUAGUUUAAUAGCCAACCUUAAGAUAUCAGCAGACUCGUUCGCAUCAGCAUGGGACACGCUCACAGCACGGUACGAGAAUAAGAGGCUUCUCAAGACUGCUCAUCUCAACAAAUUACGGGCCCUGCGGAAAAUGGAACAGAGAUCAGCCAAGGAGUUGAACCACAUCUUAACCACAGUUUCAGAGUGUUUAAAUGCUCUGAAAGCACUUGGCUGCCCCACUAGCACCUGGGAUGAUCUCAUCGUGCACGACAUCGUACAAUUGCUUGAUGUCCGCACUCGGGAGGCUUGGGAGAUUCAUUUGGGCUCCAGCACUGAGUCCCCAAGUUACGAUCAACUCAAGACCGUUCUGACUGGUUCUGCCAGAGCUCUGAAAAGCAUGGAGAGUCAGCUAUCUCCGAAGAAAACACCUCCCGUCAAGACCGCCUCAUCAACGCCAGUCAGAAGAAGUUACUCUCAGGCAUCUCAGCGAACUCCUCCAGCCUACGUUCAUCUAGCUCAGUCUGCUCCACAACAGUCUUCUCACUCAUCCACGUCUUCUCAGACCUUCAAGCCAAACUUGAACAAUUAUUGUAGUGCUUGCUCUAAAUCUCACUACAUAGCCUUCUUUCCAGCAUUCAGCCAACUCAGCUACAAUGACAAGAUGGACAUAGUCCGCAGAGAGCGACUGUGCUACAAUUGCCUUGGUAGGCAUAAUCUGCGCAAAUGUGAGAUCCCCAAAGGCUGCAAGUCAUAUCAGAAUCUCCACAAGAUUCUACUCCAGCUACUACCAGCUCAGCUCAACCACAAUGAAGUUCAAUCACGAACAGCAGUGCUACUAGCUACUUGCAAAGUAGUUGUCAUAUCACCAGACAACACUCAACAUCAAGCUCGUGUUCUCCUAGACCCAGGCUCUGAACUGACACUAGUUUCUUCAACGCUAGUCAAUAAGUCUGGACUUCUCAGAAGGCCAGCAGCAAUUUCAGUACUGGGAGUUGGUAGCACCUCACCCGGCACAACUCAAGGCCUAGCUGUACUCAAUCUACAGUCCACACAUUCGAACUCUCAGAUACAACUGAACGCUCAUAUAUUACCCCGAAUUACCACUCACAUCCCAUCGGUAGUGGUUACUAACCAAGACUGGUAUCACAUCAACAAAUUAGAACUAGCUGAUCCAGACUUCCUAACACCAGGUCCAGUUGACAUCCUUAUUGGUGCAGACAAUCUCAGAAGCAUACUCAGAUCAUCUCGGUUAGUCAUGAGAGGUACCUCGGAACCCAUGGCUAUGCAUACUAUUUUUGGAUGGGCAGUUCUGGGUCAAACAUCUACUGAGCCUAAAACAAAGCCUCUGCGAUCUUUUCAUUUGACGAGUAACGAGGAUCUACAAGAUACACUCACCAAAUUUUGGGUACAAGAGGAAGUCCCUACUAUAUCAGAGCCACAACUAAAUCUAGCAGAGUCAGAAUGCGAAGAACACUUCACGGCUACGCAUUAUCGAGACAAUUCUGGUCGCUACGUUGUGCGACUACCUCUAAAUUCAGACGUAUCACGACUGGGUAAUUCCAAGUUAACUGCGCAACGAUGCCUUCAACGUCUUCUCAAACGACUCUCCUCAGAUGCAACUCUUAAAGAACGAUACAUCAAGUUUCUUCAAGAGUAUGAAGACCUCGGACAUAUGGUUGCUGUACCGUUGAACGCUCCAGAGCCUCCUCAUACGUAUUAUCUUCCGCAUCAUGGAGUAUUACGGGAGCAGAGCACCUCAACAAAGCUCAGAGUAGUCUUCAAUGGAUCCAGCAAAACGUCAUCUCAAGUCUCACUUAAUGACAUUAUGCAUACAGGUCCCAAAACCCAGUCUGACAUUUUCGACGUCUUGCUCUACAUCAGACAACACAAAUACAUUUUCAUUACGGACAUAGUCAAGAUGUUCCGUCAAAUUAAAGUGGAGAAAGAUGAUUGGGACCUUCAGCGUAUUCUCUGGGUAGACCAAGACUUCAAUAUUCGAGCCUAUCAACUAACUACCGUCACGUAUGGUACACGGUCAGCUCCAUAUCUUGCUUGUCGAGUACUGAAGCAAUUAGUAGCUGAUGAAGGCCCUAAUUACCCACACGCAGUCGAUACAAUUCUCAAAGGCAGUUACGUCGAUGAUAUCUCAGGUGGCUCAGAAACUCUCGAACAACUCAAGAAUAUUGCUACGCAAUUAAAUAACAUGUGCCUCUCAGCUUGCUUACCACUUGACAAGUGGAAAAGCAAUCAUUCUCAAUUUUCACCACCAAGUACCUCAACUCAAGCAGCUCCUGCUGUUCAUACGUUCGAAGAUCUCACCUCAAAGAUACUAGGUAUCACAUGGCACCCUCAUGAAGACAUCUUCUCGUUUCAAGGGAACAUCUCAUUCAAACAAACCAUCACCAAACGCGCCAUUCUCUCCGAGGUGGCACAACUCUUUGAUCCACUUGGACUUAUAUCUCCAGUAGUUAUUCGAGCAAAAAUUCUGAUGCAACAACUUUGGCUGGAAAAGAUUGGCUGGGAUGACACACUAACGCCUGAAAUAAUUCACCAAUGGGAGAAAUUCAGAGACGAUCUCAAGACACUAUCGACAAUUAAGAUACCCCGAUGGUUACACCUGCACUCUCAAGCCUAUUCAAUACAAAUUCAUGGGUUCUCAGACGCGUCUCAGUUAGCAAUGGCAGCAGCAGUAUACCUCAGAGUGACAGAUUCAGACUACUCAUCAGUCGUCACGUUAGUUUGUUCAAAAACCAAGGUCGCACCUCUUAAACGUCUCACUAUUCCAAGACUGGAAUUAUCAGCUGCUGCUCUACUUGCAAACCUAGUAAAACACACUCAGAAGACUCUCAAUCUCAAUGAUGUGCCAGUAUUCUUAUGGACAGACUCCACGGUUACCCUUGCAUGGGUGAAAAACAAUCCAAUGAGAUGGAAAGAGUUUGUGGGCAAUCGAGUAUCAGCCAUUCACGAAGCUACUCCAAAUGCUCAUUGGAGAUUCACAUCAGGAAAACUCAACCCAGCAGAUUGUGCUUCUCGGGGCUUAAGCGCUUCCCAACUUAUUGAGCACGCGUUAUGGUGGACUGGGCCACCAUGGCUUUCGCAAUCUCCAGAAUUUUGGCCAUCAGCGGUUGCACCAUCUCCAGAACAUGAUUUGGAAGAAAGACCAGGCGUAUCACUUUCAGUAACGUCUCAGCCAGUAUUAUGGGAUCUCAUUGACUUGCCUCAAGUCAAAUCCUUCAAUAAAGGCCUUUCUAAGUUGCUUAGAAUCACGGCAAUUUGUCAGCGAGCCAUCUCCAGAUUUAAACGAGUACCAAAUGCUAGUUUAGCCAUCUCACCAAUUAAUCCAGCUGACUUAGAAGCUGCAAAGCUGUUCUGGAUACGGGAGACGCAACAGGCAUACUUCUCUGCUGAAAUCAAAGCUAUACAAGCUGGCAAGGGUCUUCACAAAAAUCAUGUUCUUUCUCGACUGACGGCAAUGGUUGACCGCACUGGUAUACUGCGAGUUGGAGGUCAUCUUCAGAAUUCUCAACUGUCGGCGGACAGCAAACACCCAGCUAUACUGCCCCGGCACAGCAAGCUCUCAGCUCUAAUCAUCGCAGAUGCUCACUCUAAAACCCUUCAUGGUGGUACUCAGUUAACUCUAUCGUACAUCAGAAAGACUUGCUGGAUCAUCGGUGGCCGAGCUCCCAUAAAAUCAUUCAUUCAACGAUGCCUCGUGUGUGCUCGAAUACGUGGAGUUCGAGCUCAACAACUCAUGGCGCCGCUUCCAACCUCUCGAGUAACUCCAUCUCUAGUCUUUGAGCAUACUGGUGUCGAUUACGCAGGUCCUAUCGCAUUAAAAACAUUUCAAGGUCGAGGUGCAAAAACCUUCAAAGGCUGGAUCGCAGUCUUUGUGUGCUUCACAACGUCAGCUAUUCAUUUAGAAGCGGUUUCAGACUACUCAGCAGAAGGAUUUCUCAAAGCAUUUCGACGUUUCACCAGUCGUCGUGGAAUCUGUAAAACUCUUCGAAGCGACUGCGGUACAAAUUUUAAAGGUGCUGACACUAUGCUUAAAGACCUAUUUCGACAAGCAACAAAGGAAUCUCAAGAGCUUCAACGGAUUCUCACUAACGAUGGUACAAAGUGGAUUUUCAAUCGACCGGGUGCGCCUCAUAUGGGUGGAAAGUGGGGAGCAGCAGUCAAGUCUGUAAAACAUCAUCUUCAACGAACCAUCUCAGACACUCUUCUCACUUUUGAAGACUUCACAACCUUUCUUGCACAAGUAGAAGCUGUACUUAACUCCCGACCGCUCAGUGCGCUAUCAGAUGAUCCGGACGACAUCUCAGCAUUAACUCCAGGACACUUCAUUCGCGGAGAAGCUUUGACUACAAUACCCGAACCAUCAUUAUCCUCCGUACCAGAAUCAAGACUUUCUCAUUUCCACCUAAUUCAAAAGAGGUUCCAGACAUUUUGGGACAGGUGGUCAACAGAAUGCCUUCAAGCUCAUCAGUCAAUCUCAAAAUGGCAAAAGACUCAAGACACCAUUCAAGUUGGCUCAUUAGUACUUCUCACUGAUGAGCGACUUCCACCAUCAAAGUGGCCUCUCGCUCGGGUCAUUCAGCUUCAUCCUGGUAGUGAUGGAUUGUGUCGAGUCGUAACAGUCAAAACAGCUACUUCAACUCUUACUCGGCCGAUAGUCAAGCUCGCUCCGUUGCCAAUCUCACCUCAUCAAGACGACUCGCAAGAAGAAGAUUCUAAUUCCUCACAAGGUUGCGGAAUUGGGGGGGAGAAUGUUCGAAAUUAA